AUGAGUUUAAACUCACUAGCAAACGAUCCUGAAUUACAAAAAUUCGUUGCAGCAAAAGAACUCGAAAAUCAAUUAGCUGCUCAAGUUCAUCAUUUAACAAAUAUAUGUUUUGAUAAAUGUCUUGAAUCAAGUGGUAACGUUAGUGAAUUAUCAUCACGACAUACAACAUGUUUACAAAAUUGUGUUGAUCGUUUUCUUGAUUGUACAAUGUUGAUUACAAAUCGAACAAUUCAACGUAUGCAACAAGGACGUUAA